AUGGUUAUUGGUAUGAUGGGAAUUGAAAUGGCAGGUGGUGUCUAUUGUCCAUUAUCACCUCGAGAUCCACUACAUCGUUUACAUGCACUUACACAACAAACACAAAGUCGUCUUGUUCUUGUUCAUGAUUUGACCAAGAUCAAGUUUAAUUAUGGUACCGUGUUACUUAAUAUCGAUUCAAUUUUGACUAAUACAAAGACGGAUAUUUUAAUUUGUAUGGAUCCGCUCUCAAAUAUCACAGUAAUACCUGAUAAUAUAGCUUAUAUCAUUUUCACAAGUGGAUCAACAGGAAUACCGAAGCCGGAACAUUGA